GAGCUCGGGGAAGGAAGGGUUUAGCAUUCUAGGGUUUCACACAGAGAGAGAGAGAGAGAGAGAGGGAAAGAGGGAGAUGCCGCUAUACGAUUGCUUGCUGAUGAUGAAGCAGCCAUUGACGAGGGUUGCGAUGGAGGAUCUGGUGGGGCGUGUGGUGAGGCGGGUCUACCAGCGCAAUGGCGUCAUCACAGAUAUCAAGUCCUUUGGCACUGUUAAACUUGGCUAUGGGAUCAAGAAGCUGGAUGGACGCCAUUACGAGGGCCAACUCAUGCAGAUGACCUUUAUGGUUCCUCCUGCCUUUCCCAAGGAACUUCAUUAUCUUAACAAGGAAGACCAGUUGUUGCGCUGGCUCGUGGUGAAACACAGGAACACAGGAUAUGGAUUAGAGUUCGUCAAUGAAUACGACGGAAAGGAUGAGAUAAGUCUGUUCCGGACAGGUGGUUUAUACAGCAGGAAAGAUGAUGAUGAGGACGAUGAAGAUGAUGAUGAUGAUGAUGAAGACAACAAUGAAGGUGAUGAAGGAAAUAACUAAAAUGGACUAAGUAUGUUGGGUAUUUACCAUUUUGUUAAUAUAAAUCCUUUGAUCGUCUCAAGCUGACACAGUGUUCUGUAGCACCUCAGUUUGAAAAUUUAUUUCUGAUGGCUCUGUUUUGUUAUUCAGAUAAUUACACAUGCCAAACAAACCAACAAUACUAUACGCUUUUAUUUUUUUUUCGUCAAUUGAAAUGUUAGCAUGUUAUUAGAUGCCGUA